AGCUAAUAGUAAGUGAAGAUUCGUAAAUUAUGAGUGCGAUCGCCUUGAUAAUUUUUGUUGCUCUCAGGRUAUUUUCAGUGUGUCGAAACCUUGUUAUUAAAAAAAGACCUCAUUCUUCCUCUUCUUCUCUUCACCAACUCGCUCAUCUCAGCAUGUGAACAGAUGAAUUCAAAAAAUCCACCUGGUGACUGUUAUGUUGUGAAAGGCGAGCUAACCAUAUUCACUCAAGAAGAGCAUGUCGCUGAAGAGCAAGCCCGCAUCGAAAAUCUAAUUAAAGAACAUAUGAAUGAUGGCGUUUUCAAUACUGCCAGCGACGAAAUUAUUCAGYUAUAUUACUUGAAUGGCGCACCUGGCACUUCAGAAUCAAACAUUARUGACAACGAAAAAAUCAAUGSAGCUGAAGGCUCCAAGAAAGGUUCAARCAAAGCUUUGACAGUGGGUCUGGUGGUUGGUUUGGGUGCUUUGGUGGCGCUUAUCGCUGGUGUUACUCUCAGAGUUACGCGAAGAAUGAGGAAUGCCGACGACGACACUGAGAURCAAACAAGCCCUAGGGAUGCAUGUGAUGUGCAGACAUGCAAUAKGCAGACAUAUCUUGACGUUGAUGAUCGACCGUCAAUCGAUUAAGAUGGUGCGCGACAUAUUCACAAUCAAUAGGAGUACAUCGUCCUUGUGUACAUCUCGGACGUAUCAGUAUCGCAAUAGAGUAAAAUAGUACAA